AUGGAUAAGGACGUGUGUAGUAACUUCAUUUUAGUAAGGACUAAAUUUCCCGAUACAUUGGACAGUGACGGAAACUAUCAAAUUAAAGAUGAUGAACAUUUCAAAAAGUAUUGUGAUAAAGAAAAAUGUAAUUAUCCUCUCGAAAAAGUUAAUGCUGGAUGUUUAUAUUUUUUUAACGAAUUCUUUGGGAGUUCCGAUUUGUUUAAGUCUGUUGCAAAAAGUAACAUCAAUAUUGUUGGAUACAUUAUGAUAUGGUUAAGUUAUAUGUUAAACCUAAAGAAAAGUGUCGAAGGAAUCACCAAUGUAAAACAUUUUUAUGAUACAUAUAUAAAGACUGGUGAAAAGUACAUUAAUAAUAUAGCUAAUGUUAGUGAAUAUAGCAAUUAUAAGGAACUUGUAGAUAAAAAUGAUUAUUUUUUAAGUAUGGAUAAAACCAUUAUAUCUAAAUUAUAUGAUGCAUUACAAUCAUUAUGUAACAUGUAUAAUGAAUUUAACGCAAACGAACCCAAUUGUGAUAAAUGUUUAGAAAAAGCUACCGAAUUUGUUGAAAAAUAUGAAAAAAUUAAUGAAGAUCCUAAUAAUACUGAUAGCAGUUCAUAUAGGCAAGUAUUGUGUACUUUAUCAAAUGAUUAUGAUAAUUUUAAAAAGAAAUGUAAAGAUAUUAAAUGUCCCAACUCUUCGUCCUUUCCAACGAUAAAAAAAAACAAAAUUCCUGUAAAUUGUCCUGAACAAACUGUACAAACUUCUGAUAUUCCAUCAAGUUCGUCGAUAACAAGCAAAUUAUUUAUAGUUUUGUCAAUAUUUGGUGCAAUAGCAUUUUUUUUAGGAAUUUCUUAUAAGUAUUCGUUAUUUGGAUUUCGGAAACGAUUUCAAAAACAAAAAUUAAGAGAAAAACUAAAAAAUAUAAAGAAGAGAAUGAAUCAUUAA